AGCAUUAACGGCAAUAUCCACACCCAACACUUUCUCCUUUCGUCGUAGUGUUUAACUUUCUCUUCAUACCUCUCCGGUUAAUUCCCUUUUGACAUUUCAUCACUUCUCCACCUAUUUUCGGACCCAUACACCUCAGGUUCUGGACCCAAGAUAAAUUUCUUGGAUCUCUCACUCCAUUUAUUGCAAUCAUCAUAUUUUCGCAGAAGCCUAAGCCUGGGAUCCGGGAGUAGGCUCUUGGCGAGGUACUUAAUCAUCAUUCUACAUCCAAUUUCUUUAUAUAGGAAGGUUGUUCUUGGUUUGGUUCAAUUAUGUUGAGUGAAUUCAUGGUUUGCAAGUGGGUUCAUCUGCUCUCGUUGAAAUGUGCAUUGAUAAAUAGGAUUGAGGCUUGCAAAGCGAGUCGGAGUUUAUGAUGUUCAAAGUUUUCAUUAUGGAAUUUAAGCAAACGGUUGAUGCGGGUUGUGCGUUUCUAUCCUAAAAAUUGAAUAUUGUUUGGUAGAAGACAAGGAAACAGCAUCUGUAGUAUCGUUUUGGAAUGAUCAAUGGUGUCCUCGGGGUUCUUUCUUAUUUGUCUGGUCCAUUCGUUAGUGGCCUUCACUUGUGGAGCCCUGAUGAUGUUCUAUAGCGAUGAGGUCUUUGCUUUUAGCCAUGGUAAAGACCAUGCUAGUAAGCUUUUGGGCUCAACUCCCCAUGAUCAGCUGUUAAUCCGGACAUCGGAUUCUUUUUCGGGCUUGCUUCUGUGUGCCGUUGGGUUUCUCUUGUUCAUGGUGGCUUUUGUGAGGGACAGGGAGUUUCAUAGCUUUUUUGCCAAAGGCUGUGUGCUUCUCCAUGUUGCAAUGGCGAUUUGGAGGAUUUACUUUGAGAGGAAGGUUGAAGUUCUUGGCCACGAUUGGCUGAGACUGGUUGUUGGGGACAUUGCUUUGGGAAUUUCGUGGGUUCUCUUUCUCGUGUAUUCGUGGAGGGAGAAGUAUGAUUAGUGCUGGUUGGAAAGAUGUAUAAUGUUUAUUAACGGAACCAUAUGGAGAUGGAAUGCCUACGGAAAUAGAAAUCCGCAAGAAUAUUGAUUUCAAGUUUUUCCUACUGAAUUUGAUGCUAUACUCAUGAAUCUUAUCCUACGGAAGGUGGGGAACAUUCGAAUGAAUGUGUCUUCUUCUUUUUCUUUUGUACUCAAAAAUCUCUUCCGGCACAGUGGUUGAAGUAGGGAUUUUCAGGGAAAUGGAUCUGUUUCAGCAACCAAAAGUUCGGAAGUUCGUUUGUUAGAUCCAGACUUUAGUAUACAGUUGUAACUUUGGUGAGAUCAUGAAAACUUUUUCCUCCAUUGUCCAGCGUUGGGAUAUAAAUUUGUCCUUGUUACAUUCGUAUGGUUUAGUUUUCUUGAAAGAGCAAUAAUAUGUGCAAUUUCCAUUUCCUUGUUUA